UUUAAUUACUGCCAGUGGCCAGCUAUAUAUGGUCCCUAAGUCCUGAGAUUGAGAAGGACUGCAGGAGAGAGUAAGUAUGAUGAACCCAUAGAGAAUGAGAUUUUUUUUAAAAUGAGAUAAAGAAGUGGUAUAAGAGUUAGAGAUAUAUAGGAGAGUGAGUUUCUUUGAUUGGUUUCGUUUUGUUUGUAAAGAGAGACAAAACCAGAAGCUUUUCACUUUGGUUUCUCAAAAUCUGCAAAAAGGUAAAAAAAAAAAUCCAAGAGAGAGAUAAAGAUAAAUUCUCUGUAACUCUCAUCAUGUCGGCUAAAAGAAAUCUAGAGCGAGUAAGGAGACAUCUGUAGUUGCUUUCUCUCUCUCUCUCUCUCUCUCUCUCUCUCUCUCUCUUUCUCUCUCUCUCUCUACACCCCAACCACUCAUCUUGCAAGUAAUGAGAACAAUCUGUAGGGAGAAGAUUGAGAUUUAAAGAGCACUGAAAGAAAAGAGUCGGCCAAAUCUCAAGAUUUCAUGGUAAUUAUUAGGGUUUGUGAAUUAAGUAUUGUAAUUUAAGAUUAGGGUUCUAGGAAGAGCUAGUUCAAGGUUAAACAUGGCUGGGAUAGGAUCAUCAAGAAACAACGAAGAAAAUCAACAAAAGAAAAAUUGGGUUUGGUACAGAAACACAAGCAACCCAAACACGAGCCACAACAAUCAGCAGCAGAUAUGGCAACAGCAAAGCCUCGAUCUAUAUCCAGGUCAGAUCAACGUCUGUGAUUUGACCACGUCAUCAAGAUCCGUAACCAUAAGUUGUCAAGACUGUGGAAACCAAGCCAAGAAAGGGUGCACGCACAUGCGGUGCAGAACUUGCUGUAAGAGCCAAGGGCUCGAUUGUCCUACUCACGUGAGGAGCACGUGGAUCCCAAUCGCCAAACGCCGUGAGCGGCAGCAGCAGAUACAGACGCCGAUCUCCAAUGUAAAUGGCGGUGGUGGGAAUAUCCCAAAAGGGUAUAGAGAAAUCGAUCUACCGGCUACCUUAGACUCAUCAGGGUUAGAGAUGGGAGAGACAACAUUUCCAGAAGAAGUGAGCUCAGAUGCACUUUUCCGGUGCGUUAAAAUGAGCGGUGCAGAUGACGGAGAUGGCCAAUAUGCUUACCAGACGACGGUGGGCAUAGCUGGUCACGUCUUUAAGGGAAUUUUAUAUAACCAAGGCCCGGAAAACAAGUUCAUGCCUGGUACACAAUUCUAUGAGAACCCACCAAGAUCUUAAUAACAAUAUCUUUAUUUCUUUAUUUUUCAAUUUUGUGUUUGUAUUAACUAUCCAAUAAUAAUCAUUAACAAAUCAAUUAGCUCGGUGAUUAGAGAGCUUGGAAUGUAUUUCAACUGCAUUUUGGUAAAAGUAAUUUCAACAAUUAUGCUGAUUGGUGCCGGUUGCUUCUCCUAAUUUUGGAAAAGAAAAAUUGGAAUAUAU